GGGCCGCGCUCACGGCGGCGGCGGCGGGGCCCGGUGCGGCGCGGCCGCCAUGGACCUGCACAUCCUGGAGCACCGGGUGCGGGUGCUGAGCCUGGCCCGCCGCGGGCUCUGGCUCUACACGCACCCGCUGCUCAAGCUGCUCUUCCUGCCCCAGCGCUGCAGGUGCAAGUUCUUCAGCCUGACGGAGACCCCCGAGGACUACACCAUCAUGCUGGACGAGGAGGGCUUCAAAGAGCUGCCGCCCUCCGAGUUCAUGCAGGUGGCGGAUUCGACGUGGCUGGUGCUCAGCGUUGUCUCCAACGGCCGGGCACCGUCCGGCUGCCAGGCCACCGGUGUCACUAAGAUUGCCAGGUCGGUCAUCGCGCCGUUGGCCGAGCACCAUGUCUCAGUGCUGAUGCUCUCCACCUACCAGACCGACUUCAUCCUGGUGCGGGAGCGGGACCUGCCAGUGGUGAUCCACACGCUGGCAGGGGAGUUCGACAUCUACAAGGAGGAGAGCGGUGAGUGCGUCCCCGUCACCUGUGACGAUGUGAGCAACGGCUUCCUCAAGCCCAAGCCAGCUGCCAGCCCCACGCUGCACCCCGUGCAGAGCCCCCAGACCCGCUUCUGUGUCAUGGCCGUGGCCCCCGACACGCUGCCUGCCAUCGCCACCAUGCUUAUCGAUGUCCUCUUCUACUCCCACAGCCCCCCAAGGGAAGCUGGCACCGGCAGCCAGGACCUCGACUCCAUCACCUUCUUCUCCUUCUCCCUCAUCGAGGGCUACAUCUCCAUCGUGAUGGACGCCGAAACCCAGAAGCGGUUCCCCAGCGACCUGCUGCUGACCAGCUCGACAGGGGAGCUGUGGCGGAUGGUGCGGAUCGGCGGGCAGCCCCUUGGCUUCGACGAGUGUGGCAUCGUGGCGCAGAUCGCCGAGCCGCUGGCCGCCGCUGACAUAUCAGCGUAUUACAUCAGCACCUUCAACUUCGAUCACGCCUUGGUCCCUGAGGAGGGCAUCGCCGAGGUCAUCCAGCUGCUGCAGCAGCGUCAGGAGAGCAGCAGAUAGUGGCUGGCUGUCCCCAUGCCGGCUGGCCCAGCACGGUGGCACGGUGGGACUCCCCUUCCCCCCACCCCCGACUCCCCCCUCUAUUCUUUAUUUUUUAAUUUUAAGGCUCCCCCUGGUGCGGGGCAGAGCCGGGUGCAGCGUCACUCCCUGCCUGCUGGGGACAUGGUGGCUUCAGGGACCUGGUGGCCUUGUGGCAGUGGGACAGUGUCCUGUGGGAGGGGAGAGCGUUCCCCACCGUGCCACCCCACAGGCGAGGCAAAAGGGCCACCAUCCUCUGUCUCCAGUCCUGCCUGCACAGGGGUGGGGGGCUCGGGAGGAGAGUGGGUGUCCCUGGGGACCUGCUGGAGGAGGGGGACGUGCUAGAGAGCAGUGAUGUGCCACCGUGGUGUUGGGGGGUGACAGCCCAGGGCUGGCAGGAUAUGUCCCCACACCCUGUGUGUCCCCCUGUGGGUGAGGUCCCCUUGGGUGCGGGGCGGCUGUGAUGCUCUGGGGCACCCCUGGACCAGCCCUGUGGAGGGGUGAAAGCAUCCCCGGAGCUGGGCUUCCCCCUGGCACCCCAAAAAUCUCCAAGGUGGGGGGAGCUGUGGUCCCUCCAGGGUGGCCCCCUGCCCCUGCCUGGGCUGUCACCUAUUGCUGGGGGACAAGAGUGAACCCCCAGUUCCUCCCAAGCUGUAUUUUCACAUAGGAUUUUUAUUGACUUAUUAAAAACUAUUAUUUUUA